UUAUUUAUAGACAAUGGUCUGGGUUACUGCGCUCAAACUAAUGAGAUUACCCGCUCAACAUAAAUGAAAGCUUAAAUCUGUCUCAUCCGGAGCAUCUCUGUGUCAGGGUCGGCCCCGCCGUGGGGAGUGGAGGUGUGUGAAGAAUGGCUGCAACUGCAUUCAUCGGCCUGGCCUUUCUGUUGCUCCAACAUGUGUCCGUCGGGGAGAUGUUUCAGUCCUCGCUGAUGUUGGACAUGGCUAAUAUCCUGUUGGACAAGUACUGUUUCCCAGAAAACUUGGUUGGGAUGAAAGAGGCCAGCGGGCUGGUCAACCAGAGCGGCGACAUUCUGCGAGUGACCGACCCACAAACCCUGGCGGCAAUGCUGACCUCGGGUGUACAGGGAGCUCUGAACGACCCCCGGCUAGUGGUCUCGUAUGAACCCGGCACCUCUGCCCCUGAACCAAUCGACCUGCCCCUCCCGAGCCGCGAGAUGCUCAUUGCCUUGGUCCGAGAUUCUAUCCAAUUUAAAAUUUUGGACAAUAACGUUGGUUACUUGAGACUUGACCACAUCAUUGAAGAGGACAUCGUCAAAGUGGUUGGCCCGAUUCUAGUAGACACGGUUUGGAAAUACAUGGUCGCCACCAACGCCAUGAUCCUGGACCUCCGCUACAGUGCCAGUGGGAAAGUCUCCGGUAUACCUUUCAUCGUAUCUUACUUCUGCGAGGCAAUCCCUGCGAUUCACGUCGAGUCCAUCUACGAUCGCCCGUCCAACGCCACAAAGGAGAUCUGGACCCUGCCCUCUCUGCUGGGUGAACGCUACGGCAAGAACAAGGACGUCCUGGUGCUAGUUAGCAGGAACACCCAUGGCGCGGCGGAGGACGUGGCCUACAUCCUGAAACACUUGGACCGCGGACUCCUGGUCGGGGAGCAGACAGCCGGAGGCUCCCUCGAGGUCCAAAAGUUCCGCAUUGGUCCGUCUGACUUCUUCAUCACCGUGCCCGUCUCCAGGUCGAUUAGCCCGAUCACCGGCCAGAGUUGGGAGGUGAACGGUGUGUUCCCCUGUGUUGCUGUGGAUGCUGAGCUCGCCCUCGAGAAAGCGACCUCCAUACUGGCCGUGAGGAAGGAGAUGCCCCGUGUCAUCCGGAAGGUGACUGAGCUGUUGUACGCGUACUAUGUCUUCGUGGACCAUGUGCCUUCCCUGGCCAGCCGGCUUGCCCAGGUCGCUGGCUCCGCCGUGAAUUCAGAGCAAAACCUGGCGGAAAAACUUAACUAUGAGUUACAGGCCAUCUCUGCAGACCCCCGCCUGGUGGUCAGUGUCAGUUCGGGACCCCCAGUCACCACAGACCAGACUCCACCUGAGGAACUCCCAGACGAUGUCAGUUACCUCCAGCAGGUCGUAUCCGCCGUGUUUCAAGUGGACAUUUUACCGGGCAACACUGGCUACUUGAGAUUCGAUAUGUUCCCCACCGAGUCGGCGCUGAUGAAACUGAGACCCUACAUAGUUGAGAGGGUUUGGGGGGCAAUUCAUGACACUGCCAAUUUAAUUCUAGAUCUCAGGUACAAUGUGGGUGGCUCGUCGGCCGCUGUGCCGGUGUUGCUGUCCUACUUCCAAGACCCAAGCCCACCCGUUCGCUUGUACACCGUCUAUAACCGGCUGACCAACUCCACCAGAGAAUUCGUCACUCUUGCUGGUUUGGAUGGGAGCUCCUAUGGAUCGAGGAAGGGCGUGUAUGUGCUCACCAGUCACCGCACCGCCACGGCGGCCGAGGAACUGGCCUACCUGAUGCAGUCGCUGUAUAGAGCCACCGUGAUCGGGGAGAUCACAUCCGGCAUCCUUCACCACUGGCGGUCUUUCCACAUCGAAAACACCAACUUGUCGGUUACUAUUCCCUUCAUCAACUUCAUGGAUAACACCGGGGAGAGUUGGCUGGGUGGCGGAGUGGUGCCCGACUCCAUUGUGUUGGCUGAAGAGGCGCUGGAUAAGGCGAGGGAUGUUAUGGAGUUCCACGCUGAAGUAUCUCGGCUGGUGGAACACACUGGGGCUCUCCUGAAUGCCCACUAUGCCAUCCCAGAGGCGGCCACCAAGGUCAGCUCCCUGCUCCGUUCAAAGUGGCUGGGUGGUUUAUACCGCUCUGUUGUAGACUACGAGUCGCUGACUGCUCAGCUCACCUCGGAUCUGAAGGAGGCCUCUGGCGACCACCGCUUUCACGUUUUCUACAGCGAGAGCGCGCCUAAAGUCCCGGAGGAACAGGUGGGCAGAGUACCAACCCCGGAGGAACUCGACCAUAUCAUCCAAGCCCUUUUCAAAAUGGAAGUAUUACCAAAUAACAUUGGGUACCUCCGUUUCGACAUGAUGACCGACGCAAAAACCAUCAAUGUUAUUGUUCCACAGUUACUAGACCGGGUGUGGAACAAAUUGGUCGAUACGGACGUCUUGGUCCUUGAUAUGAGAUACAAUGUCGGUGGAUAUUCAACCGUCAUUCCUGUUUUAUGCUCUUAUUUCUUCGACGCCGAACCGGCCCGUCAUCUUUAUUCUGUGUUCAACCGCUCCUCUUCGUCCACUUUAGAAAUAUGGACGCUGCCAAAAGUUCGUGGACGAAGGUAUGGCCCCGAUAAAGAUGUCUACAUCCUCACCAGUCACAUCACGGGCUCAGCGGCAGAGGCGUUCGCCCGGGCGAUGAAAGAUAUGAACAGGGCAACGGUGAUCGGGGAGCCAACCAUUGGAGGUGCAUUGUCGGUCGCCAUAUACAGAAUAGAAAACAGCAACCUCUAUGUAUCCAUCCCGAAUCUAGUCGCCCUGAGCGCCGUCACCGGGAAGGUUUGGAGCGUCUGUGGCUCUGAGCCGCAUGUUAUGGUCCAGGCUAAUGAAGCCAUGGGCGUGGCGCUUGGCAUCAUCGAGCUUCGGGCCAAUGUGCCUGGGAUUGUACGAACAGCCGCAAAGUUGGUGGAUGACAAUUACGCGUUUGCUGAAACCGGCGCCAAGGUAGCUGGGCAGGUCGCCGACUUGGUUCAAGACGGGAGGUACAAUGCCAUUAAUUCUGAGAUGGAGCUGGCCCAGAAAUUAUCAGAGGACCUGCAGAAACUCUCUGGUGAUAAACAUCUCAAGGUCGCGCAUAUCCCCGAAAAUCUAAAGGACCGUAUCCCCAGCGUGGUUCCCAUGCCGAUCCCACCUCCGGAUAUGUUAGAAGACUUAAUUAAAUUUGCCUUCCAAACGAAAGUGUUUGACAAUGCCAUCGGCUACCUCCGGUUCGACAUGUUCGCUGACAUUUACUUGAUCACCCAAGUGUCAGAUCUAAUGGAGAAGCAUAUAUGGAGUAAACUGGCACACACCGUUGCACUGAUUGUGGAUCUCAGGUACAACGGUGGAGGAUCCGCCUCGUCCAUUCCAGCACUCUGCUCCUAUUUCUUUGACGGUGGGGACCCCGUGCUCCUGGAUACCGUGUACAAUAGACCUGCGGACACAACCUCCAAAAUAUGGACCAUUCCAUGGAUGUCCGGGGAGAGUUAUGGAUCUAAACGGGAGCUGAUUCUCCUCACCAGCAACGACACCUCGGGAGCAGCCGAGCAAUUCGUCUUCGUUAUGAAGACGCUGGGAAGAGCACACGUCGUAGGCGAAGUGACGAGCGGCGUUUGUCACCCUCCGCAAACCUACCAUGUAGACGGCACCGACCUUUACCUGACCAUGCCGACCCUCAGGUCGUCCAGUCCGGAUGGGAGAUCCUUAGAGGGAGCCGGCGUCGUGCCUCACAUCGAGGUACUAGCUGCCACCGCGCUGGAGACAGCCAAGGAGAUACUCAAGAGUACCUUGCACGGUCGUUCCUAAUUCACUCCUCUUUAGAAUCAACGUCUAUAGUUACGUUGCUGGGUGCGUUUUCUGAAUAGAUUUACUAGUAUUGGGAUCAUAGUGUGAAUAGACAACGUUGAGUUUUCUGACUAGUUGCGAUCAGAAGGUCAAAAGGCAGCGUUGAGAUUAGAAUCACACUUUAGAUGUGAUGGUCCUGUCGUUUCGCACCUGAUGUCGUCCACGGUGAAUGAAUGAGUCACUAGUGACUAUCUAACGUGUGCGUCUCGAUAGGGGGAUCUCUCUAGGACAUUUUGGCACCAUUGGUUGCCCUCGUUUUGUUUGCCUUGUGCGCACUUGGUUGAGAUGAUUAUUUUUCUGUUAUUUGAGAUAAUUGUUUUUAGGUCAAUCAUUAGACAUAACGAACUGCAGAUGCUGCUUUAUCAAAGAGGACAGAAAGCGUUGGAGUAACUCAGUGGGUUGGGCAGCAUCUAUGGAGGACAUGCGUCUGUAUCCUUCUUCAAGAAGAGUCCCGAACCAAAACGUCGCCUGGUCAUGUCCUCCUGAGAUCAAGAUUCAAGAUUCAAGAGAGUUUAUUGUCAUGUGUCCCUGAUAGGGCAAUGAAAUUAUUGCUUUGCUUCAGCACAACAAAAUAUAGUAGGCAUUGACUACAAAACAGAUCAGUGUGUCCAUAUACCAUUAUAUAAAUAUACACACACAUGAAUAAAUAAACUGAUAAAGUGCAAAUAACAGAUAAUGAAUGGGCUAUUAAUGUUCAGAGUUUUGUCCGAGCCAAGUUUAAUAGCCCGAUGACUGUGGGGAAGUAGCUAUUCCUGAACCUAGUCGUUGCAGUCUUCAGGCUCCUGUACCUUCUACCUGAAGGCAGCAGGGAAAUGAGUGUGUGGCCAGGAUGGUGUGGGUCUUUGAUGAUGCUGUCAGCCUUUUUGAGGCAGCGACUGCGAUAGAUCCCCUCGAUGGAAGGAAGGUCAGAGCCGAUGAUGCUACCAGACCCACUAGUUGCUCCAGCAUUACUCCAGCACAAAAAUGACACCAAGUGCCGGAGUUACCAGUGGGUCUGGCCACAUCACGGGAGGACAUGAAUCGGCGACGUUUCGGGUCGCGACCCUUCUUCAGACCUAUCUAUGCUCUCCAGGGAUGCUGGUUCCAGGAAUACUCCAGGGGUGCUAGAGUUACUCCAGCACUUUGUGUCUUUGUUUUAGACUACACACUAUUUGUUUCUUAUAGUUUGUAUGAUUGUUCCAACUUCCAUUGUCUGGAUUAUAGAGCAAUGCUUCAGAGAAUGUGGCAAUUACACCAGUGGCACUCUGCAAACGCUUUAAAUUAAGAAGAAUAUGCAGAAUGUUUACGGGAAGCAUCGCUCUGCGAAGAAUGUCGCAUAUGCAGUAAUCACAAUUUCUUUUGUUCCUCUCAAUACAAAAUCGAUAUUUUCAAAUAUUCACGGUUGAUUGUAUUAUUAAUAUAUAGUUAUAAACCAGUUAAAAAAACAGUUAUAAAUCGAGAUCCCAGCAUCUACAGUUUCUUGUGUUUCCAUGUAUCUAGCAACUUAGUAUUUAACAAUGUAAAACACAUUUUAGAUCAAUAUCUAAUGAAAACGACAGUGCACACUUCACACAAAAUCGCUCUAAUAACCUUAAAUUAAAGCAAUUGAUAAAAUGUUGGUACAAUGUAUCCCAUUGUGGGAUGUGUUGGAGAACUCCCUACGGUCUGCUGAAAGUUGCAUCGCACUGUUUCAUGGAAAACAGGUGAAAUUACAUUUGGUUUGGGAACGAUUAAAUCCAGUGGUAGCCUGACAUUACACUACAUCUGGUACCAACUGAAACUGACAAUGUCUCGACCCCCGGGAAUGAAAACUGACGCCUCGAGUCUUCACUGUGGCAUAGAGUGAACAAGUCAUUUGUAACUAAAGAUUGCUAUUUUCAGAUCCUUGCAUGUGACUGUGCUUAAGUGAAGCGGUAUUUUUUCCAGGAAGAAUCUAAAAUAAAAUCUUUAAUGUUUUACUGUUUUUCAAAAUUGUAAAAUUGGGAU